UGUAAAGAUCACAUUGAAUUAUAAAGAAAAUAAAUCUUCAAAAUGCCAGUCUGCACUGUCCUCCUUCUCUCUCUCGCAGUGCCAAUACCCCAAUUCCUCUCCGCCGUUUCAUCUUCUUCCACCACCCCACUCACGAUAGGAAGGGUCGUGCGCUGGAUCAUCCUGCCAAAUUCGACUUCUACAGAUAAACUACUCGCACAAAAUAUACAUUGGGAUCUGCUUCUGACCCUCCCUAAUUCCGAUCCUCUUCCUUCGGACCUGCAGACAUUGGUUCAGCACCAAUGGAUUGUCCAUGCCGGAGUUCCUUCUCGCCUUCUCCAAAAUUUUGAGGCCAAGAAUGCCCAAUUGCUCCACCCUAAAGCAGGUGACGUGCCAGAAUUGAUCGGCUCAUUAACUAAGCCGCGCACUGCAAGCUCCUCCCAGAACCUCGAAUUGAGCCCUGAGUUGAGAGAGUGGAUCUCUAUAUUUAGCGCCCAGGAAGGGAAAGGCGCCGUAUCAAUGCUCAACCUUCUCGCUUUCAAGGAAGGAAAGAAGGGAGAUUAUCUGAAGUAUGGCGCCGAGUUCGCGAAGUCGGUAGGCUUGCGGAGGGGCGGGACUGCAAAGAUCGUGGGGACUGUGGUGCGUCAGGACGGUGACGGUGGGGAGGGGUGGGAUGAGGUCGCUCUAGCACACUAUCCCAGCAUUUGGCAUUUUGCAAACAUGUUGGCCAGCGAGGAUUAUCAGGCUGUCAAUCGGAAGUAUAGGGUAGGGAGCUUGAGGGAUACGUUUAUUUUGUGCACCACUGAGAUUGGAAUUGAGACAGAAGCGGAUAAGAAUCAUCCGAAGCUGUAGUUUGGCAUCGCAGAAGGGCUCUCCGGUUCUCCUAGAGCCUCCUCCCGACAUAUAUCGUAAGCAACAAAGUCAUCAUAACAUGUCCA